AUGGCUUAUAAUCCAGUAACAUUUGGCUAUUUUGACACACAUUUUAUUGCAGGGCAAGAUGAAGUUAGUGCUGACGGUUUAUUAAGAGUCAACAAAAAAUAUAGAGAUGCCUCAAAAUAUCCGGACUUCUUACCCACAUGGGAUCCAAACGAAAAGUACCCACCCAUUGAAUUCCAUAAAUAUGAAGACCCUGCUUUGAGAGCCAAUCCAAAGUUCCCAAAUUUGUUUCCUAAAGGGGUCGAACAUUAUACUUCUAAGAUUACUCCAAAAUUGGGCGCUGAAAUUAGAGGUAUCCAAUUAACAGAUUUGAAUGAUAAAGCUAAAGAUGAAUUGGCUUUGUUUACUGCUCAAAGAGGCGUUGUUGUGUUUAUUGACCAAGAUUUUAUUGAAAAGGGACCCGUUUGUGCUACUGAGUAUGUUAAACAUUUUGGCAAGUUACAUAUUCAUCAGACCUCUGGUAGACCUGAAUCAACGCCCUAUUUACAUAUCGCCUUUAGAAGACCAGACCAUAGUGAAUUUGAAAGAGUUUUCAAAGACAGUAACAGUUCCAUUCGAUGGCAUACAGAUGUUUCUUAUGAAUUGCAGCCCCCAUCCUAUACUUUUUUUGGUCAAGUUGAAGGCCCAGAUAGCGGUGGUGAUACUCUAUUUGCUGAUUCUAUAGAAGCUUAUAAUAGAUUAUCACCUAAAUUCCAGAAGUUUUUAAAUGGGCUUCAUGUUGUUCACAGUUCUAGAGAACAAGCUGCUAGCUCAAAGAAACAAGGCGGUAUUCAAAGGAGAGAAUCUGUAGGAUAUGUUCAUCCACUUGUUAGAGUUCAUCCAGUUUUAAAACAAAAAAGUUUGUUUGUUAAUAGAUCAUUUUCCAGAAGAAUUGUGGAAUUGAAAAAAGCGGAAUCAGAUUUAGUUUUGGAUUUCUUGUAUAAUCUAAUUGAUAAUACUCAUGAUUUACAAUUAAGAGCAAGAUGGGCUCCUGGUUCUGUAGCCAUCUGGGAUAAUCGUAGAGCUCAUCAUAGUGCUGUUAUAGACUGGGAAGAACCGGUCAGUAGACACAAUUUUAGAGUUACUCCACAUGGUGAGAGACCCGUUGAAGAUUUAAAAUUUUUAAAUGAUGAAACCUAUUAUCCAGACUUAGCCUGA